ACGUGUCUAGAUCUAAUACACUAAAGUAAACAUGAACGUCUGACAAGAAGCCGGCCGGCCGGCCGGUUACUUUCAUUUACCGGUUAGAUGUGAUCACUAUUUACAGGCAUAAGUUGCCUAAAUGUCUGCCUAUUUUCUGAUAUAAUAAGUCUGUCAAGGAUUAUUUAAAGGAGCGAGUGAAAUUUAUUACUAACAAGAACCAGUUCUCUUUAUUUUCACUCAAUUACAAAUAUUUGAUAGUAUUAUUUUAUUAUUUUUAAUCAACUGAAGACGAACGUCUGUGUAUUGCAGUCAGAAAGGAUACAUUUCAAUAUUUAACUCAUUAAGCAUUCCGUUGAUAUCAAUGUUCAAUGAUAACUAAGGAUAGUAACUAAAAAAUUAAAUUUCACAAAAUUAUUGAUAAUGUUUAUAGAUUAUUCUUCUUUAUGAAUUACAUAAAAUUACCUAAAACAUUAAAUUAAAAAAAUAUUUUUUUCUUUGCCACAUUUUAAGAACAUCUCUAUAAAACAAAUGAAUAUUUAUGUACAACUGACUAAAUAAAAAAUUAAAAUGAGUCGAUGAAAUAAGUAUAACUGUAGAAAAAUCACAGUAAAGCUUUUUCUGAAUAUAAUACAAGUGAAUUAAAUUCAUGUACAUCUUUAAAUCACAUGGAAACCUAUCCAUCUAACUAUCAAUCACUUCCAAUUCUCAGGUUACUUUAUACAACAUUAUUGACAAUCUCUUAUUAUAAUUGGAACAAUUCUAUUGCCAUUGAUCAUCUAUUUAAAGGUAUCAUUCAUUUUUAACACUGAAAAUAUUUGUUCAUUUCUUUUUGAAUAAACAAACAAUGUUAUUCACACGUAUUGUCAAAAAUCUAUCCUGUAAUAAAACUAUAACCGGUAUAAAUACUAUUAUACUUAAGGACAAUUUAUUAGUUUGUUACUUAUAAAAUAAACCAUCAAAUUGUUUACAGUUAUUCAUCCCAUUAUUUCUUACCCAUUGUUGUUUCUCUUUCCACUUCAUGAAAGCAUAAAAUCAGUUCAAGAAAUACAUUGUCACUUUUUUUCCAAACAAUUAUCUCCAUGACUUCUAUAAUUCAUGAUUAUAAUUACCGAGAAGAAAAGUCUAAUUUGAGCUGAGAAUAUUUUUUGAACAUAACGAUGAAAUACUGCUGGUUUUUUGGGGAUAUUUUACAUUUCUUACUUUUAUCGCAAUUAUCCACAAAAAUUACAUCCAUCACAACUAUCCUAAUGUACACGGUGUUGACAUUAACCCAUAACUGUAUACAUUUAGAAUAUUUACGUAAAGAUUUAAAAACAUUUUAUAGUAAUGAUCAAUUUAUCAAUCUGUCACAACCGUGUAACAUGAUCGAAUUUUGUAUAAAUCCUUUAAAGAUGGUAGGAUAUUUUCAACUAGGGUAUUCUCAUAAUACAUGUAAAACUACAAAUAUCGAUAAUGCAACAAUAUGGAACAGUACACAAUAUUUGAUUUCACAAAAUAAUUACUUUAAUAAUUCAAACUAUGAUUGCAAUAAUUUUUAUGACUAUUUCAUAAAGAAUGAACAAUUUUCCCCACACUAUGACACUGAAAUUGAUUGUCAAUUUAAACAAAGAAUAAUAACACACAAUCAGCAAAUGAAAACUUUGAAAUCAUUGAUGUAUCAAGUUUGUCAACCAUUUGAGCAUCCAGAUAAGUACUAUAAUAAAAUAUCACCUGAUAAAUCUAUAAAUAUUUCUAUAGAAAAUAAUCAAGAACAAAAAACUCUGCAUAUUCAUACACAUCAUCAAGCGGAACGCGCUGAUACUGCCAGUCAUAUGAUGCUCACAUCACAUCUUAGUAAACAUCAGUUAAAACAAUUUAGAGACAAUCAUGAUAAACAUUCCAGAAUACAGGAAACUAAACGUAAGCAAACGAUUAGAAAUCGUACUGCUAGUAGUUAUAACAAUAUCUCAAAUUAUAUAAUGAAUGUAUAUGGACAUCGUCAGUCAGUUCGUAUGGAUCAAAAGAGCAAUUUUGUUAUAGAUCAUUCAUCAUCAUCAACCGUAUCAGUACCAACAACUAUCUACAGGUCGGUCACGUCGAUUCAUCAUGUUCCACACGCAUUAGCAAAUGAAUUAUCAGCAAAUAAUGAAGCGAAUAAGGACAAUCAACAAAAUAAUAAUCCAAUAUUAAGUUUUCAGUAUGUCGAACCACAUACAGUCGAGUUACUUGUUGUUGUUACUGAAACCAUGAAACAAAAAUUUGGUCUAUUUAUUGAUGAAUAUCUUCUUUCUACCAUGACAACGGUUUCAACACUUCUUCGGCAUCCAAGUUUGAAAAAUUCAAUACAGCUAAAUGUUGUGGAUAUUAUACUUUUGGAUCCUGUUUAUGCACGUAGACAUAAUCUUGAAGAUUGGUCAAACAGUAAACAAGAACAAGUUAUGGCCAGAUUUUGCAAAUGGGUAAAUCGACUAAGAACGCCAACGUACACUUGGGAUUCAGCGAUUUUAUUGAAUGUUGGACAUUUCAAAUCUACUGCGCUUGGAGUCGCACAUUAUCGAUCAAUGUGUAACCCAGAAAGUUCAUGUUUAGCUGUUCUUGAUCGUGGAUUUGGAACAGGACAUAUAAUAGCACACGAACUGGGACAUCAGCUAGGAGCCAAACAUGAUUUUGAAUUAAACUCUAGUUGUGGAUUGGAAGAACAGGAUCAUCAUAUGACUGAUCCACUAACAAGAAGUAGCGCUCACGACUUAAAAUUAGGUACAUAUCCUUAUUAUCAAUCUGGCGAUGAAUGGGACUAUAGAGAAGACUAUCGUAAUUCAGAUGUUCACCAAUACGAAUUUGUUCGACGAGACACCAUCAUGUCUGGCACAUUAUAUUUUGAUCAGUUUCCUUUAAGAUGGUCUGCAUGUAGUCGACAAGCUAUACAUUUAUUCAUAGAAUCAAAUGGUGCUAAUUGUUUAAGAUAUUUAAACUCUGGAACAACAUUUUAUUCAGCUGAAAAGUUAGCUCAUCAUUCUAUGGAUAAUCGUCCUGGGCAAAUAUUCUCACUUAAUCAACAAUGUGAAUUUGUGUUAAAAAUUAAUGGAACACAAUUCUGUGGUCAGAUGCUUCCACCUUGUCGCCAGCUAUAUUGUCAAGAUAGUGAACAUAGAUCAUGUUUACCAAUGGAAACGGCUUGGGCUGAGGGAACACCAUGCGGGAGCAGUAAAUGGUGUAUUCAGGGACGAUGUGUAUCAACUAAAGAAAAUCCAACUCCAUUACAUGGAAAUUGGGGUGAAUGGGGAUCAUGGUCAAAGUGUUCACGUAGUUGUGGCGGUGGAGUACAAUUUUCCGAACGCGAAUGCAAUAAUCCUGAACCUCAAAAUGGUGGGAAUUUUUGUCACGGAACACGAACUCGAAUGAGAUCAUGUGGAACUGAGCCGUGUGAGAAGCAACUGAAUAUUCGCCAAACGUUAUGCGAUAAAAUAGAUGGACAAUAUAAAGGUCAAUUAAGAGCUUAUUUUCCAAAACUUGGUGAGCCUACAUCAUGCAAUUUGGUCUGUUUGUAUAAUUCCCAUUCUGUAUCCCAUGGUUUUAGUUUACCAGAUGGAACACCAUGUUAUGCACUAAGAGAUGAUAUAUGCAUACAAGGCAAAUGUUGGGAAACUGGUUGUGAUGGUAUUUUGGGCUCUCGAUUACGUUUUGAUCGUUGUCGUGUAUGCGGUGGAGAUAAUAGUACCUGUGAAGAAAUAAAAGGCGUUUUCAAUGGAAAUACAUUAACUCCACCUGGUACUUAUCCACGUGGUUUAAUGACAGCUGUGCGUAUUCCGAAAGGAGUUACAAAUGCAUUUGUCAGAAAAGUUUCUGAUCGUAACACUCCCUACUCCUCAGAUUCGUAUGACGAUUUUAUGUUGUUGAUAUUUGAGGAAUUAAAAACUCAAAUACGUAGAGGUGAAACACAUGAACCAUUCGCUGGAGCCGAGCUUUACUACAGUGGAAGUCGUAGUCGUGAAGAAAUUGUUUCAAUUACUGGAAGGCUCAAUAAAGAUGUGAAUAUUGUUAUUCGUGUCGAAAACUCGCAUACAACUCAAUCUUUACCAAGAGUGGAAUACAGUUACUUUAUUGAUAAAUCACAAAAAAAUAAUUCAUUAUAUUUCAUUGCGGAAAGUGAAGCACGAUUAGCUGAAGAUAGAAUUAAUCGUCGUACUGGAAGAUCCCAAAAUAUUCUUUCAUCAUAUCAAACAGUUGAUAAAUUAAUUCAUCCUGUACAGAAUAAUCCAAAUGAAUUAGACAAUCGUAAAAUUAAGAAUGAGAAACCACAAAUAUAUUUCGUCUGGAGAAUCAGUGAACUACCCACAGGUUGUACUACAUGUGCAGGAAAUGUCACAACACCUGCAGAAUGUUAUCCAUUAGUCCCAAAAGAUAGUGAGAGAAGUCAAUUUUCACAAUUUGAUCUAUUACGACCAGUAGCUGAUUAUCUAUGCGCCUCUAUGCCGAAGCCACCAUCAGUUUUCAGACGUUGUUCCGACUAUUGUGGUGUACGAUGGUCAGCUAAACCAAUGCAAACGGGAAAAACAACAAAUGGUAUUUAUAAAUUUUAUACUAGUAGCUGUUCAGCACGAUGUAAUGAAGGUCAUGAAGCUGUCGAGUAUGUAUGUGAAGAAUAUAUUGUACCUGCUGAACAAAAAGAUAAAUCAAAAGGAAUUUGGAGAGUUGCUCAACUAGGAGAACUUGUGUGCCAUAAAGCAGGCUUGGGAAAAGCUCCAUCCCAACCAGCUUAUGUUACAUGUAAAGGUUCAUGUCAUCCUGUUUAUUGGAUUUUAUCGAAUUGGACAGAAUGUAACAAUUCUUGUGGUGAUGGAACACGUAAACGAAUUCUUUACUGUCAAGAUGAAAUUGGGCAAAAUUGGCCUCUCAAUGAAUGUAUGAAUUACGGUGAAUCAAUGAUUCACCAUUCAAAAGCUCCAAAACAAUCUAUCACCAUUCAUUCAGCCCAAGAAAUCAUUCUACUUUAUCAACAAAAUAACAAUUUCCAAGUAUCAUUUGAGCACAAUUUAUAUAUUGAACAAUAUAAUGAUUGCUUUUCUUUAUCUAAAUGUCGAAAUGAUAUUAAUUGGUCUACAACUAGAUGGUCCGAAUGUGAACCGUUGGAUGAACAGAUGAAGUCCAAUUGUCGUUUAGUUGACAAUAUUACGGAUCGCAAAGAUUUAAUCAAUAAAAUUAUUGGUGUUCGUUAUCGGAAUGUUUCAUGUAUUAUUGAGAAUAAUGAUAAUUAUCAUAAUUCACUAAACAAAUAUAUAGUGACUGAUCAAUUGACGUCGGGUUAUUUUAUGAAAAGAAUACAAUUAGAUUUAAAUUUUUGUCGUAAAGCUAGUAUGCUUGGCGAGCUAAUGGAAGAACCAUAUGGUAGAGAAGCCUGUACUCAACCAAAAUGUUACAGAUGGGGAAAUGGACAAAUGUCAGCGUGUUCUGUAAAUUGCGGAAGCGGAGUGAAACAAACUCGAAUAUCAUGUGAAUGUAUUAUAUUAAAAGAUGAUUCGGAUACAAGCUCUAAUGAAAAGAAUAUUGUUUUACAAGGAAUACAUAUUGUUGACAAUGAUAAGUGUAUGCAAAAUCUUCAGUAUAUGCCACGUUUAUUCACUGAUAAAACAAACGAUACUAUAUUUGUGGAAACUAUUGAAAGACGGAUAGAUAAUGAUCAAGAGAUGAUACCUUUAAAAGUCGACAAUAUAAACGAACCCGUUGUGUUGACUUGCAAUGAAGCCCCAUGUGAUUUGCGCGUACCAGCUUGGAGAACAACCUCAUGGAGUGCAUGCUCCAGCUCUUGUGGACUAGGUGUUAGACAACGAAAAGUUAUGUGUGUAGUCGAAACGCAAAAUGCAAAUCUACAUAAACGUCAUUCAAUAUCAUAUACUUCCAUAUUUACGACUAGUCGAUCCAAUAUUGAAGUAGUUGAUUCACAAAUAUGUCAUAAUGCAUUAUUGCCCAUGCCAACGGAACAAGAAACGUGUCUUGAAGCUCCGUGUCCUGUGUGGCAGGCUGAAAAUUGGCAAGAAUGUAUAGGUGAGUGUGAGUACGGGAUACAACAUCGAAAAAUUAGAUGUAUAAUUGAACUGACCUCUUCACAACAAAUAAAUAAUCAUUUACAAAAAUCGGAAGAUGAUAGUUCAUUACGUUUAUCGAUAAAUCAUCUUGAUUCUUCUUUAGUUCGUCGAUCACGCUCAGUAAAUAUAAUGGAUGUUGAUCAAGAACGUUGUCGAAAUGCCGGUGCCAAACCAAUAUCAGAAAGACCAUGUUUAAUAAAUCUAAGUUGUCCAUAUUGGUAUAAAAGUGAAUGGUCAAAAUGUUCAGUAAAUUGUGGCAUGGGAAUACGGUCACGUCAAGUUGCUUGCCGAUCUUCAAAUGGAACUGUAAUUAAUGUUGAGACAAUAAAUGAUAACCAGACAUUUUAUCACAACAUAGAGUCAUCUCAUGUAAAUUCAAUUCAAUAUACCAUACAGACUAUAAAAAAGAGUAUCACAACAAAGCGCAAAUGUCUAGGUCCACGUCCUAUCGAUAAAAUUUCGUGUGGAACGCGUCCAUGUACAGGAUUAGAAGUAUUCUGGUGGCCCGUUGCAUCAUCUGAGUGCAAUAUAACAGGAUGUGAAUUGGCCAAACGUGAAAGAAUAAUCAAAUGUCUCAGUCCAAGACGUGGUCCAGUUCAUGAUACGGCUUGUAACCAUUUAGAAAAACCAUUGAACUGGACCAUUUGUGAAUCGUUUAAAUGCAAACGAUUUGAAUGGCGUACAGGAUCUUGGAGCCAAUGUCCAGAUACUUGUGUAUCAAGAAUGAAAUAUCGCCAAGUAAAAUGUGUAGAUGAUUUAGGCAAUGAAUAUUCAGAAACUUUAUGUCCAGCGAAUCUGAAACCCAGUAAUCGUGGUGUAUGUCCAAAUUUAUGUUCAGAUAUCCCUAAAAGUUGUCGUGAGUUAAAAUAUCGUUAUCCUUCAGCUGAUGAUGGCACAUAUCAAUUAUUAAUUGAACAAUCCUUAGUUUAUAUUUAUUGCGCAAACAUGGAAUCUUCAAACCCAUCUGAAUAUAUCACUUUACGUCAGAUUAACUAUGCUGCCUCAUCAGAAUUCUUACAGCCGUAUCCUGAUUUAAAUUGGUGUCCUACAGUCAAUCAGAAUGCCUCAAUGUUCAAUAUAUCUAAAAAUAUGUACCAACCAAAUUCAAACCUUGAUUCAUCAAAAGAUAUUCCUGAAUCAUUUCUAACUAGUAUGGAAGUUAAUAACGUCAACUGUCCCAGUUGUCCAACAGUGUCGAGUUUAGCAUCAAAAACAUUUUAUAACAAAGUCCGAUUGGAUAUAUACAGUUUAGAAGUGAAAAUUAAUGAUGGACGAUUUUCACAUACUCUCGGUUCAUCAAUGAUGCCGUACGGGACUGCAAAAGAUUGUUUUUCAUCAACCGUUUGUCCUCAGGUUAGAAUUGUAACAUUUAUUAACUAGCUAUGAACAGUAUCGUGAUAAAUUCACUCUUGAUAAACUAAAUGAUUAUAAACACACUGUGAGAACGACUCUGAAUUAUUUGAAACUAAGACUAUAACGGUGGGUAUUUACGGUUAUGGAAAAUAAUCAUUAAGUAUAACCACAUAACAGAAACGAGCCAACAGUGAUGUUUAAAAAACCACUUGAUUUUGAAGCUACUUUCUUAGCCAGUAAGCAGAAAGUCUAGAAAUCAAAAGUAUUUUACCACGGAAGUAGCAGUGGCUGAUAGAGUUUAAUGUCUUAAAGAAGUCUAAUUUUCCUAUCUUUACCAUCUGUUUUUCUAUUUAAAUAUUAUAUAGAUAUCGCUACACAACCUUACUUAUCUGAGGGCGGAUAUAUUCAUAUUAAAGCCUUUGUAAAAUCGUUUUCAUGCUUUAAUUGGAUUUAUAGGAAACUAGCUAAACAGUUGAUUAAACGGACUGAUAAGAUAACCAUGUAGAGAAGUCAUCCAUGUAAAUCGCAUCAACUUUAAUAUUUCGAGUUCAUCAGCUUGCCAAUUAUUCUUCAGACCAUUUUGACUUGAAAACGACAGAAAGGAAUUUCAUUUCAACCUUUUUUAAUAUUUCGAGCACUACAAAAUGGUGUGUUUUGUGAUGUUAUAUGAAAUUUAUCAUUGAACUUCAAAGUAGUUUUCCGCACUCUGCGAGCUCACUCAAUGAUCUGCCCAAGGUAAUUUAGACAUCAGAUAUAUUCUCAUAAUUCAGAUUACUAAUUGAUCUUAGCUAAACUACUACUGAAAACCUUGUAGCACUGGAUCCCCUUUUCGUCUAAGUAGCAAACUCCUCAGUUGUGCCCAUCCACGAUUUUACACCUGAGAAUCGAAUUCAGGACCUUCGGCCUCGCGUACAAACACUGAACUCUCAUAACAAUAGUUAACAUGUGCUCGUUAAUGAAUAGCUUCAACAUGCGACUCCUAGAGUUCUGUUGAGAGGCCAUGAUUAGUGAAGUUAAACCACAUCAAACUUCAGACAUUUAUGCACCCCGGGGCAACAGAUGAGGGUUGUGAAAUAUUUACAUUAACACCGUUGGAUACUGGCCCAUAAGUCUGGAGGUCAAGUAUUCUCGUGAGAAACCGAAGGUUCUCAUUUCGAUUCCUCGCGAUGAGGUUGUAGAUAUACACUGUUGAGGAACUCUACACUGGGACAAACUGGGGCUCUAGAUUUUUAACGGUGAUAUGGCCGAUAUCAAUUCGUGACUUAAACUAUGGAAAUUAUACAAUCUGAACAAAUUCUCUGAUACUAAUAGUAUUAGAUAUAUAUUAAAUAACAUUUUCAUUACCCAAUAGCCAUCAGUUUAGUGUACUAUAAUAUCACAUACGCAGAUCUAUUAGUUAAGCAGAUCAUAUUUUACUGGAGAUAUCCUUUUCAGUUAUCAUCUCCUUACUCACCCUUUAACCAAGUGAACAAACUAAUUGGGCGGUGUUAUGUAAAUCUCGAAUGUAUGUAGUCAUUUAUUCACAGAAUAAUUUAAUGUUUUGUUGAUUAAUUUAAGAGAGUAGUUCAAUUUUGAGGUGAUUUUUAUCAUUUGCUCAAGCAAAUCUAUAUAUAUAAUCUAAUAUUCCACACUUCUGUUUUCAGACAAUUUUAUAUGUUGCUCCAGGAUCAUCUAGUGCUCCCUAGUUUGAAGCACUUUCCUGAGGUCAAUCCAUGUUGUAAAGCCAACUCAAAAUGGUUUAUCAGUAUAGAGUUGUGAAGAUUGUUGAGUUGCAAUGAGUUCAUGAACCGAUCAAUUUUUAGACCACCGUUGAGAACCUGGAAGCAACAAACACCCGUUUCGUUCCAGUGCGGGACUGAUGGUCUAAUACUGAUCAAUUCAUGAUUUUAAUGAUAUAAUGUUUCUACUAAACUGAUACAAACUAUUAGUUCAGAAACAUAAUGUAGUUAAUCCAUGGAAUUUGUAUUAAUAUUCCCAUCUAUUUUUUUUCAUAAAUUCAUUUUAAUCAGGGGAAAUUUCAAAUCGAUUUGAGAGGUACAAGUUUCAAAGUGAGCGUUAAAACACGUUGGACUAGUAAUCGAAUUACUAACGGUGUAUCUCAUAUUCACCGAUUACAAGAUAGUCAAUUAAUAUACGGUCGCUGUGGAGGACACUGUACAGGAUGUUGGCCUCAACCUGGAUUAUUUCUUGAACUCAAGCCAGACUGAAACUCAAGUUAUUCAUUGAAAUGCGCACAACUUUAUAAUUCUCAUAUGAUAAUUCAAUAAUUUGUACACACACAAACAAACAUAUUCAUAAAUUAGGCAGCUUUGAGACAUUGAUAAAAAACCUCAUUGGGACAAAUAAAACUCAAUAAAUAAAUUCUAUUUUAAAGGAUACAUAAAUAGGGAAUGAAUCCUUUUUUUAUUGUAAAUAAAAUUAAUAACAACGGAGUAAUCAUUAAAUGAAUUGUUGAUUAAGAGUUAAUAUAUUCUAAUUUUGUUUUGUCUAUUUAGUUGCUUAUGUUUGAAAUUCUUCUCUUUCUGUUUAGUUUUAUUUUCAUUAAUUAAUUAAUUAAUUUGAAUAAAUAAAAACAAUCAAUUAGGAAAAUUUAAAUUAGGGUUUCUUUUUUUUUCUUUAUUUAAUUAAAUUGACUUUUUUUUCGGCUGGGUCUAGUGAUCUUCUCUUAUUCUCAAAAUUAUUCACAUGAAAAAUUUAUUAUUUUUAAAAAGAUUCCAUAGUACCCACUAUUCAAUGAUUAGAUUUUAAAGACAAAAUAUUCUAAACAUAAAAAACUACCUCCUCUAUUCUUCUUGUUGAAUUGUAUUUCAUACAAUAAGAUAACUUAACUCUACAUUAUUCAAUUUAUCUAUUAAAAUAGAUAGAAAAUUCAUUCUAUCCUUAUCAAAAUUGUUCAUUUUCAUUGUAUCCUUUAAUCAAAUCUUAGUCUUAUAUUAGUUUAAAAAAGAAAGCACAUUUUAUAUAAAGUGCCCUAACUAACUAACCUAAAGCAUAAGAAAAAAGUUUUAACUGAUUAAAAGUUAUACAAUGGCAAAUCUACAACACUUUAAAUAUAUUUUGAAACAAAUCAAUUGUUCCAAUAGAACAUUGGUCCCUAAACAAAUUAAACAAAUAUGAUAAUAAACAUUAUUAUUAUUAUUAAUAGUAGUAAUAUUGUCUAAUAAAAAUGCUACAUUCCAAUCUUAUGGGACUUUACCAAAUGAAUAUUCAGUUGUUUUCCACGUAUUUAAAAGGAUGUCAAUAUAACACACAAAAAUAUUUUCUUCGAAGCAAUAACCGAAACUGCUGAACUAUAAAAAAGCACAACUAGGAAAGUAUUCAGAAUAUCUUUGUGAAAGCAAUAAUAAAAGUGAUCAGGAUUAUAGAUACUAUAAUUAUUAUUAUUAUUGUUUAUACUAUGGAGCUUGAUAAUGUUUUUGUCCUACUCAUUACUGUUUAUUCUGUAUUCUUUACUAUUACUCCAUUGAUUUACUCCAUAUCUUUUCAAAUUUUUGUUAAAGUGUCUUAUUCACUAUGAACUUGGUUGAAGGAGAGUCGUCAAAUUAAUUCAUAUAAACACUAGUUCAACACGACUAUACUAUGAUUACUUUUCUCGUUACUAUUAUUCUAUUUACAGUUGAUCUUUUCCUACUGUCGCAAACCAAUACAAUAAUUCAGCGGUGCAAAAUAAAACAUUUCCAAAUUUAGGUGUUAUUUUCCUCGUUACGUUUGUUCUAAUUUUCAUUUUGGAGUGUUGAAUUUUUACUAAAAAUUUCGUUGCUCUUUUUCAGUUUUUUUUAUCAAGAAAAUAAAGCAAAAAGCUUGUUUUUAUUUAUUAGGAAUAUUCACUUUUCCAAAUGUUCAGUGCGAAAUUAUUGAAUGUUGAACGUAUAACUAGUAGAGACCUUUUAUGUUUUUAUUCACAUUUCACUGUGUGUGAAACUGGUUUAAGUGUAUUUAAUAAUGAAUAUUAAUUAUAUUCUGUAUACAUAUUCUUCUGUGUACUAUGAAUAUAUAUAUAUAUAAGUGGACGAUAAA